AAGCCUUUGGUGGCAGAGAGCUCAUUACUGUGAUUGCAGUUUGAUUAAGUAAAAUGGUGUCAGAAGAUGAAGCCCGUAGUUUUCCUUCUUUCUCUAAAAUUAUCAUCAGUGUUAUUUUCUGUAUGGCAGCAAAUGAUCAUAUUAACAGUUUGGGCAUCUGUUUUCUUCUUUCAGAAGAUAAAGGGACAUGCAUAGUGUAGAGCCAGAUAGCAAAAUACUCCUUGAGUAUCUACAAGUUCUUUUUUUAUUAAAAAAAAACAAACCAACAAAACAACAUAGCGUGGCUUUUUUAAUCUGUUAAAGGUGUAGUAAUGUUGUUGGGGUUUUUUUUUCCCCUUAGAUGUAUCAUCUUCUUUUCAUUGUUAUUGUUCACCUUUUCUUAAAGGAAUACAGCAUUCUCUGCUGGGGGUGGCAUUGCUGUUCACAUGUACCAAGAUCAUGCAAAGGAUGAGACUGAUACUUAAUACCAUAUUUAAUAACAAAAUGUGCAACAUUGCAAAAAUUGCUUGGGUGUGCUUAAUUCUUUUCAAAUUACGCCGCAUAUAAACUGCCAGCAUGGGUUUUACCUUCUCAAGAAAGGAAAAAACCCUGUGACUGUAGUAGGAAUAUUUAUUAUGCAGGCAGAGUUUAUUAAAUCAGCCGUAAAAGAAACGAACGUAACAUCUUUGAACAGUUUAGAAGAUGAAUGUGUAAUUCCUGAUUUGCUUGAGGUUAAAAUUAGUUUUGUAGCUACCAGGAACAGCUUUGCUUUAUUAUCUGUUGGUCUUUGGAAUGAGAGGCAGAACCAUUUGAAUUAAAAACACUUAAAGCAGAAUUGAUAAAAAGCAGUAAUUGUUUGACUGAACCAGCAGGCAUCUUUUGCCAAAGGGGGGGGGAGCAGGGGGGGUGUAAGUUGACUAGGUAAAGAAAUCUACUAUUUGCUGUGAAUUUGCCUCAUCGACCAUUCGAUAACGCCGACACCCACAGUAAUCAAAUCAAAAUACCUAUAAAACUCAGGGCGAAGGUGAAAGCAGGUUAUAGUAUCAGGAGGAUGAGCUGGUGGGCGCCUUUGAUCCUGGCUGUUGUUCUUCAGUGAAUUAUGUUAGCUGAGUUGCAUAAAGGACCCCAUUAAGGGCUUUCAUGCUCUGCUGAAGGAAUGGCAGGUCUUAGCCAAUGCAAGCCUUUCUUUCCCUUUCUCUGUUCACAGGUUUCUGAUUGGGCAACAGAAGUUUAGAAAUUAAAUUAACUUUUUUUUAAAAAAAAAAAAAGUAAUUUCUGACUUGCAGCCUUUAAUGUAGCCAUUCCGAAAUGCUUGCAGACCAUCACCCUGCUGGGAAUUUUGGUGCUGAAAGUGUUACACACUAGAGAGGGAGUGCUGGGAUGGCUUUCAUUUCUACAGAGUAGAGGCAGGUGAGCAGAUUAAGAGGCAAGGGAGAACCCAAACCCAUAUAUUCAUUUAGUCGCCCAAGAUUGUUACGAACACGUUGCCAUUCGUGGUUCUGCAGGUCUCAUGUAUUGUCUAGUUUCUCUACUAGUUUCAUCCUCUAGUUUCUUUACCUAGUUUCUCUGCUUCUGCACGUUUUAAGAGAAAUUACCGUAACUUCUGUGAUGGAAACUUUGUGACCUCUAGUUAUGCAGUGGGCUACCUGCGCAUCCACAGAAUUAAUUUUUUCUCAAUGAUUGCUCCUCAUUUCUUUGCAGAUGUCUAUAUUGGCUUUAUCUGAGUCUCCUCCUGAAAUAGUAAAUGAUUUUAGGUAUGUUUCACAGCCAUUUCCCAAUUAGUUCAGGCUAUGUAAAUUCACUAAAAUGAUGAAUGUUUUACAAAACCACUCAUCAACCAUUUAAGUGAGAAUUUGGAGGUUUUUUCUCUCCUCUAGGAAAAAAUUCACACAGUCUGAUGCUGAUUUAAAAUAUGUACUGCGGGCGACCCUAGCAUUGGGAUUUGGCCAAGUUCAAAGCAGCUGUGCAGAUGGACAGAGAAGACAGAAGGCAGAGGGAAAUAGACCCUUUUAAUCAUAACAAGGCUGCUCUUGUUUUCCUAUCUAUAGUGGAAAUGCAUGCCAGCCCCUCAUACUUAAAAGCAAGCUUGCAAAUGUGCCAGAAUAGACAGCAACAGCAUUUCUUACUAAUGCAAAGUUAAAAAUGUGACAACCUGUCUUCUCAGUACUGCUCUUUACGUCUCCAUUUCUAGGCUGACACUGUACUGCUGCAAAAAGUGCACAUGCGAUCGCUGUCGGUGGGAUAAGCAUUUUCCCCCCAGAACUCGGGCUCUUUGAAAGUGCUUGGCUUUGUUAAUGAUGGCUGAAACCAGCCACGACCUGUCCUUUUGAAAUGGUUUUAAUGACUUAUAAAUCAAUUUCUCGUUAGAAAGAACUUUUUUUUUUUCUUUUUCCCGAAGGUGCCAUUGUUGCCCAUAAAAAAUGAUUGGGUUUGCAACAUAAGGUUGGAGUACAUUUUAUUCUGCAGUUUGUGCCUCAUGCAGGGGCAUUAUUAUGAUGCACACACGCACACCCCAAGCUCGCUCCUGCCUCUCUUCAGUAGGAACAUCCUUUCUUGAUGAAGCUACCCACAUCCAAAUUACAGAUAAAAUAGGUAUUUCACUACUGUGUGUGUUCGUAUAAUGUCACUCCUUAUACUUUGGCUAACGGUUGGUAAAACUGGGUGGUUUAAUACGUUUCAGUUGUCUGGUUUGCAUAGAUCGAGGCUAGAUGGCAUUAAAUAAUACCUCAUCGUGUGUUAACCCCUUUUAUGGUAGUUGUAUGUUCUUAAGAAACGUGUGUUUACUCAGCAUGAAGUACUGAGCAGGAGCAGUUCCGCAGGGAAUGCUGUCAGUUCCCUUUGAGCCCUCACUGGAGUAAUUUUCAUCUGUCUGCAUUUUAGGAAACCGUUCAGAGUUUGUGCUUGGGGACUUGGGGGGCUCCUACCUUCCCAUUGCGGUGAAUACGUGAAACGUGCUCUCAGAAAUCAAUGGGUUUAGUUGGUUCUGUCUCUGUUCUAAACAAUGCAGUGCUUUGUUUAGAAUCCAGGAUUUGCGUGUGCCUGGAAAAUUAGGUGGCAUAAGUUUGGAGUGUGUAUAUAGGUACCUAUGUGUACAUUACCUGCAAAGUAACUUUUGCAGGAUCUCAGUGAUAGAUGUACUCAUUUUAGAAUCUUGCUUUUCCCCAGGAAGGCUAUGUGUAAGGGAAUUCAAAAAGAGAUUCAGCAGUUACCUUGCCUAUAUUUUUUUGUACCUACACUUCCAGAUUGUCUGCUUGUUCUCCGACACCAUAAGUUUGAGUUUACACAUGACGAACACUACUGCAGCGGUUGUGAGACUUUAAUUGUUCCUCCAGGCAUAUGUAUGUGUUUGUGUAUGUCUAUCUGUAAGUUUAUGCAUAGAUAUAGAUAUAUAUAGAUAUAUAUAUAUACACUCAAACACACACAAAUAAAAAGUCGUAACUCAUCCCUCUGUAUCUUUUAACUAUUUCUCCAGAUCUGGUGUAAUAUUGGUUGGAGCCUCUCUGCUAUUUGUUGUUCUGGCUACUUGGAUAUCAGAUUCUCCUGUAAUUCUUCUCUUCUCUCCCUCUCUCCCCUUUUUUAAAAAAGAAAAGCAUCUGCAUAUAUCGAAGACAUGCACCAUUGCCAAGCAAUCUGGUAUAGUGGCUUAAUAUGCUGGCAAAUAAUUUCACAAGUUGUUUGUGUGUGUGAAGGCAGUAUAUUUGAAUAUCAUUAUAUUCUGAAUGUAGCUAUGAAGAGACUUAUCUGAGCUUAUUUAAAUUUUAUGAAAGGCCGGACAGCUCCAGAAAUGAAAGAAUGUUUUACAUUUUUUAAUUGGAGUGAGUAUUUUUGUCCUUUGCUAUCUCUGAUGGCGUGGGACAUCACAUUUGCCAAAAGCCUUUCUGUCCUAGCUUCUGAGCACUGCCGAUACUUGGUGGCCUAAUAACAAUUUUCCGGAAAAGUAGACUCUGGAGGAUGGAGGCAGAAGGGAUGUUGCUUUGCAAUGUGUUGCUGACCUUCCGUGCGCUUUCUGUCGUUACCUGUAAACCCCAUUCCCUCUUUUGGUGUGUUUAUCCACUGCAUGGGUCACUCAGUGGCUCCAUUUGAGCAUUCUCUUCCUUUCCACCUCUGAGGUCCAUCCUGUACUUAAUUUUCCUUAAGCAGUUUGAUUUUUACUAGUGCCCCUGGUCAGAUUUACUUAACUGAUCUCUCCUGCGUGUCCCCAGCUCGGUCCCAUGUGCCAGUGCACACAGUGCUGUCCUUUUCUGUGACCUUACUAAGGAUGCCUUCUCAGAGCCCUUUGUGUCUUCCUUUGCCGUUUGAAUACAGAUCAGAAAAGGACUUUCAAAAGAGCAAGUCAGUGCCUGCAGAGCAGUGGGUCUGUUCUUUCUUUACGGUGAGAUCUGAAAAUCCCGCUAGCUGUAUCCUUCAGCUUAUGGAGGCGUCUCUGAAGUUCGUGUAGCUCAGAAAAGGAGGGAGGUUUUCUCUCAUUGUCAGCUGCUGGAUGCAGGGGGGUGUCAUGUAGGGGCAAGUUUGCCCCCAGAUUAGAACAAUCCAGCCCCUACCCUGCUCGUGUGCAAACGGGUUUCCUCCGAUGCAUUUUUUCCUCCCCCAAGUCUCUCUGAAACCAACCAGACUGGGGUUAUGAAGUCAAUCCUAGAUGGCCUCGCAGAUACAACUUUCCGAACAAUCACGACAGAUCUCCUUUACGUGGGCUCCAACGAUAUCCAGUACGAAGACAUGAAAGGCGACAUGGCAUCCAAGCUGGGAUACUACCCCCAGAAGUUCCCUCUGUCUUCCUUCAGGGGUGAUCCUUUCCAAGAAAAAAUGACUGCAGGAGAUGAUCCCCUGUUGAGCAUUAUUCCCUCGGAUCAGGUCAACAUCACAGAGUUUUACAACAAGUCCCUGUCCACGUUUAAGGAUAAUGAGGAGAACAUACAGUGUGGGGAGAACUUCAUGGAUAUGGAGUGCUUUAUGAUCCUGAACCCCAGCCAGCAGCUGGCCAUCGCCGUGCUGUCACUCACCCUGGGCACCUUCACAGUGCUAGAGAACCUCCUUGUCCUGUGUGUCAUCCUCCACUCCCGAAGCCUCCGGUGUAGACCCUCCUACCAUUUCAUCGGCAGCCUGGCUGUGGCCGACCUCCUGGGCAGCGUGAUUUUUGUCUACAGUUUUGUGGAUUUCCAUGUUUUCCACCGGAAGGACAGCCCCAACGUCUUCUUGUUCAAACUGGGUGGAGUUACAGCCUCCUUCACCGCCUCUGUAGGUAGCCUUUUCCUCACGGCAAUAGACCGGUACAUAUCUAUACACAGGCCGCUAGCUUACAAAAGGAUUGUUACCCGACCAAAGGCUGUUGUAGCGUUUUGUGUGAUGUGGACCAUCGCUAUUGUAAUAGCCGUUCUGCCUCUGCUCGGCUGGAACUGCAAAAAGCUCAAUUCUGUUUGUUCGGACAUAUUCCCUCUCAUCGACGAGACGUACCUGAUGUUCUGGAUCGGGGUCACCAGCGUCCUCUUGCUGUUCAUUGUCUAUGCCUACAUGUACAUACUGUGGAAGGCUCACAGCCACGCUGUUCGCAUGAUUCAGCGGGGCACGCAGAAAAGCAUAAUCAUUCAGUCUACAGAGGACGGUAAGGUACAGAUCACUAGGCCUGAUCAAACUCGUAUGGACAUCAGGUUAGCCAAAACCUUGGUCCUUAUCCUAGUCGUUUUAAUCAUAUGCUGGGGCCCUCUCCUUGCCAUCAUGGUGUACGAUGUCUUUGGGAAAAUGAACAAGCUCAUCAAGACUGUCUUUGCCUUCUGUAGCAUGCUCUGUUUGCUGAAUUCAACAGUGAAUCCCAUCAUCUACGCUCUGAGGAGCAAGGACUUGCGACAUGCCUUCCGCAGCAUGUUCCCCACCUGCGAAGGAACCGCGCAGCCCCUCGAUAACAGCAUGGAGUCUGACUGCCAGCACAAACACGCCAACAACGCAGGCAACGUGCACAGGGCUGCCGAGAGCUGCAUUAAGAGCACAGUUAAGAUUGCCAAAGUUACCAUGUCUGUCUCCACAGACACAACUGCUGAAGCAUUGUAAGUCAGAGACUUCUCCGCAUUGUGAGAAAAGGAGUUAGUUUAAAAAAAAAAAAACAAAAAUCCACAACAGAGAAAACCAAACCCGUGGCUUAACGUGUUUGUACCCUCCUGUAAUAUUUUUUUGGUUUGUCAUUGUAAGCUGAGUGAUGAUUGUGUUAAGAGCAUUACCAUCAGCCAGUUCUUCAGGUUUUACAAUUAGGGAUUCAAGCUAAAUUUUCAAUUUUUUUUUUCUCAAAAAGUGUUUACUGAAUAAUAGUAAAUUUCCUGAAAGAACACAGAGAAAAUAAAUACCAGGUUAGCAAUGGUUCCUUUUGGGGGUGUGAAAAAAAAUUGUGAAACCUAAUUGAAAACUAACGCAUCCUAAACCAGUACCAUCAAAUAAGAAAAAAAGAAACUUGUAAUCAUGCUGUUCAUUUCAAUGUGAAGUGUAUUUCAUGUCUGUAAGUAAUAGGAGUUUUUUGAUUUUUUCCAAAAGCGGCAGUGCUGAGUUUUAGAGGUUUUGUAAAAUGUGUCGUGUCCUGUGAAUUGUAUGCUGUUUUAUUAUGUGUUAUUGAUAUUUGUCUGAUUAAACAAAGUGAUAAGGUAGACUUCCGUGGAAAUAAUGUGAAACGUGAUAUGUAAACCCCAUUGAAAACACUUACUGUAUUUGAAGAAUUCCUAUGAGCUAUUUUGGAAAUUUUACACUUUUAGUGGUCUUCUGUGGACUUAGGGGAGAGGCUUUGUGUUCUUCUACUAAAAUUAUUUCCCCACUACCUUUUACUUUGACAUGCAUACGAGAGUAACAGCAACAAAGGAAUAAGAGGAGGAAUGUAAGAGAGGAAUGCACUGGUUCAGACUUUUAAAUACCACUGCGUUUAUACGGAAGGACACUUGUGGUUGUAAAGACUAUCGCCCCGCUCUUGGGCUUUGUGUGAAUAUGAACACUGAAAAGCGAAGGUCCCGGAUAUUGGCUCCUUUAAUGGGCAUCUGGUUUUAAGCCACGUGCUGGUGCUGGACCACUGAAGACAGCAUGUGUCAGACUCAAUGUGCGAUGUUAUCACUGUGCCGUCGAUGUAUACUUGAAGUGUGUCGCAUUCCCGUAUCCCAGGUUUAAGCAGAUCCAGAGCCUGAGAUGCCAGACUCCUGUCUUCACUAAAAGAGGAGGAAAUAUUGUCAGACAUUUUCUUAACUGUGUGAGCGUGUAUAUAAAUAAAUAUCUAUGUGUGUGUA